AUGAACGCCGAUACUCUUCCUUUAAUCAACCUUGGACUCUAUCUAAAUGAUAGAAAUAAUUCAUUGGCAAUUAAGGAAUGUAAAAAGACUGCGGACGCUUUAAGAAAUUAUGGCGCUUUAUUAGUAAAAGAUCCACGGGUAACAGAAGAAGAUAAUUCUCGAUUUUUAGAUUUAAUGGAAGAUUAUUUUGCUCAGCCUUUUGAGAUUAAACUUAAAGAUGUUCGUUCAGGCCUUGGCUAUCAGAUGGGGCUAACACCUGAAUUAAAGGAAGAACCAAGGUGUCAUCGCGAUCCUAAUUGUCAAGAUAUAAUUGCACAAAUUCCUGAGAAUAGUCGACCGCUUCCUAUCUCAAGGCCUGAUGUAAAAUGGCGAUUUUCCUGGAAUAUUGGGGAAAUACCAAAAGAAACCAAAUUUCCUAAAUUAAAUGCAGAGCCGGUUAUUCCGGAGUCAUUCAAAGAUACUUGGUCUAAUAUUAUGAACCAGUGGGGAAAUCAAAUGCAUCGUGCUAUUACAGAUAUUGCUAGGAUGGCUGCGGUCGGAUUCGGAAUGCCCGCCGAUACAUUAGCGGAUCUCACAAAGAAUGGGCCUCAUCUUUUGGCUCCCACAGGCAGUGAUUUAAAUAGAUACGGAAAACUUAACACAGUUCUUGCGGGUUUUCAUUAUGAUUUAGGGUUUAUGACAAUUCAUGGCAAAAGUCGAUUCCCUGGGUUACACAUUUGGCCACGAAAUGGACCAGUAAAGAUACCAGUUCGAAUUCCAGAUGGAUGUCUAUUAGUGCAAGCUGGCAAACAACUCGAGUGGCUAACGGGUGGUGAAGUAAAGGCAGGUUACCAUGAGGUGGUAGUGACAGAAUCCACGCUUAAAGCUAUUGAAUAUGCAAAGAAAACCCGACCAGACAGACCUUUAUGGAGGGUAUCUUCAACUUUCUUUUUUCAUAUUGCAAGCGACAAUCUGUUAAGUCCAUUAAAACCGUUCAAACCCAACACGCUUUAUCCACCAGUCCUCGCCGGUAAUCAAGUAAAUCAUGAAUUGGGGAAGAUUAAUUUAAUGAAAUCGUAA